UUGGACUCCUACCCGGUUUCUUCUGUCUGAUUUUAUGUCUUCCUCCACAACCCUCCUCCCCCUCGCCAACAUCUCCUUUGCUUAAAAUGCCCCUCUAUAUCACACCUCUCUUGCGUCCCUGAUGCUGCUUCCUCCUCCCCUGGUUACUUGUGCCCUCUUUGUUCUUACCCUAAUUUCACUUUCUUUUAUGUUACUCCCAAUGAUGCUAAUAACACAAUUGAAAUCAACCUCCAUUUGGCUAAACAGUUGUUUGUUGCUGCUAUCAUUGAUUUUGAGUCUAUCCACAAUGUCGCCGUUAUGGGCAUAUUAACGCCGACGUUAGGGUCAAGGAAGCUCUGUCAGCCAAGGCCAAAGCUGCCCAAAUUUUGGAUAGGGGAAAACAAGAUACAUGAAGCAAGCGGAUGCUCUUCUCAAUCUUAAGAUGCAGAUGAUUGUGAUACCCUUGAUGAUUAGCUCAAGUAUUUGCAAACUUGCAAUUCUAAAACAGUGCUAUAUAAGAUCAGGAAAUCUGAAACGACUUAGUAUUGCAUGUUGCUGGGGUAUGGUAUGUGACGGCUUGGCUGAAGCAGUUCAAAAGCUCCCAUUGUUAGAAGAGUUGAGUCUGGCAGGUAAAGGACAAAGAGGGAAAAAAUAAAACAAAAGGGGACAAUUUGGAUGAAAUCUUUUCAAACUUGAACAUGUAAUUCUGGAUUACAUGUCUAAUAGAGGUUUCCAUCAGACUGGUGAGGCAUUCUCCAACGAAAUUCAGGCUAAUCAAAAUCGUGUUGCCAUUAAUUCUUUCCAUGAAGCUUUUCUGCAAGUCUGGUGGGGUAAGUUUUAUGAAGCAUACAGAUCUAGGUUCCCUGACGAUGCUGUAUUGGCCGCUGAUUCCUUUGAUAAGGUCGCACAGACUGUGGAAAACAUUGUGGCUAAUAACGGUUUGCAUCAAUCUUAUGCCUCUGAUCAUACAGAAGCAGACAUCUCUAAUGGGAUGCCUGUGAUGUCGUCACCUCAUUUGAUGACAUUCUCUCCUAUGAUGGAAUCCAUUGGUCCUGACGUCAUGGAUGCUGAACUUCUAAAUUUGUUGUCAUCUUAUGAUACCGAUUAUGUGUUACUAGAUUUGUCUUCUCAAAGAGACAUGACAUCAGGCUUACAGUUUUCUGAGAUGGGUGAAAUGGGUGGCUUGCUUCCAUUUGCAAGCAAUUCUGGCUAUCAAAUGCAGCAAAUGCCAACUGCACCUCUGAAGUGGAAUGCAAGAGAUGACAGACCUGGCAUAAACUUGGGCGGACCUACGUUAAUGGAACCAAGUAUUCAUGCCCCUGCAAACGCUUUGCCUGCUUCACCGGAACUUUAUGAUUCAGGGAACAACAUAUCUCUCCAACAAGCAUCUUAUCAAGGAUGGCCAUCUAUUAUUCUAGAUGAUACAGAUCAAAGAACCCCAGAGUUUUUACCAACUGACCAACAAAAAAUAGCUCCUAUAGGAGAACUUAUGAGAAGAUCUGGAAAGCAACCUGCAGUGCAGGAGAAAAUAAACCAGCUGGGACUGCAGUCUUCAAAUAAGAGUGGCAUGAAGAGGAAAACUCGAUUGAGUUCUUUGGAAUCCGUUUGGAAAGAGAAAACUACUGUCACGGGUGUUGCAAAGGAUAAUACUAUAAGCUGCUACUCACAAGGAGAUGUUGAUCUGGUUAAUGCAAGUAGUUCAAUCUAUUCAUGGGCAGGAAAUUUUUCUACGCUCUGGAAAGACAACUCUUUUAAAGAGAUAAGUUACCUUGACACAAAAAUGAGCAAGCUCCUAUGUUGCCACUUUCAUUCAAAUGGAGAGUUUUUGGCUACUGGUGGAUAUGACGGGAAGGUUUUGAUUUGGGAGUUGGGAAAUAACAAUGUUUAUAGUGGACAAGGUCAUGCUGAUCAAGUUACGGAUAUCCGUUUUAGACCAAACUCAAGUGUGUUUGCAACAUCUUCCUUUGACAGAACUGUGAAGAUAUGGAAUGCAGCCGAGCGAAACAGCCCUUUCCAAAGCCUUGUCGGUCAUGGUGGGCAUGUGAUGUCAAUAGAUUUUCAUCCAACAAAGGUGGGUCUCUCUUUCAUUAGGGGUCGUUUGAUAAAAAAUGCAAAGAAAAUAUGGAAAGCAUUGCAGAGUAAAUAUGAUACCGAAGAAGCUGGAGCGAAAAAAUAUGCUGCUAGUCGAUUUUUUCGUUUUCAAAUGGUGGAUGAUAAAUCAGUGAUAGACAAAGCUCAAGAUUUUAUAAUGAUCGUUGGAGAACUCAGAUACCGAAAACGUGGUUCUAUACCUCAGGCAAACGUUACCGAAGAGCCUUUUGUGGCAAUGAUUACAGACAUAAACAUGGUUGAGAAUGUUGAUGGAUGGUGGGCUGAUUCUGGUGCAAACCGUCAUGUCUGUUAUGACAAUGAUUGGUUUAAAAAAUAUACUCCUUUUGGAGAGCCCAAAACCAUCAUGCUCGAUUGCACUAGGCCUGAUAUUGCAUAUGCAGUAGGAGUACUUAGAAGGUUUACUAGCAAGCCAGGCUUUUUUGAUGCAGAUUGGAACACUCUAGCAGGUGAUUCCUGUUCUGCCACUGGUUACAUUUUUACAUUGGGUAGUGGUGCUGUUUAUCCUCUUACUAAGGCCUUAACAAGAGAAAAGAUCUGGAGCACAUCGAGGGGGAUGGGAUUGAAGCCUAUAAAUCCAUGA